AUGGACUACGCCCUGGCCCAAAAAAAAUACAAGCAAGCUCAACAAGAUACUAAUUGGAAAGAUGAAUAUGAAACUUAUGAAAGACAUAUAAACCUUAUUUUUGAUGAGAAAAUACGAAAAAAUCUUUAUAAUACUUACUUGGAAGACAAAGCCUCAAAUGAAAUCAAGAAGUUUUGGUCAGGCUGGUGCCAGCAAUAUGUGAAAUCUGAUAAAAAUAAGAUUCCACCUGAAGCGCAGGAUUUCUUAGACAUGCAUAAUGAUGUGUUAGAACAAAAAUCAGCAAACUGGGAAUCAUUGGAAAAUCAAAAACAGUUACCAUCUGGUCGAACUAUAGAAGAUUCUUUGCAAGAAGCAAUCAUUCAAAUUCAAGAAAAAGAUUCUUAUUAUAAUCAUGAAAUUUUUUCAAAUAUUAUUAAUACAAAUGAUAAUGACAUUAAAACAAUCUUCUCUAUAGAAAAUAUUAAUUUUCUGAAUGCAUCACAGAAGAUUUCUUUAUUUACAUUAACAUCUUUGCAAGUUAAUUAUAUUCAUCUUUUAGUAGACAAUGAGAUCAUACAACCGAUAGAAUGUAUUAAUUUUGAGGCUCUAACAAAGACUGCAAUGGAAACCAUCAAUACCAAUAGCAAUUCAAAUAUUACCAUAAGCAAUACUAAGACGGAUGAUAUAUGUGACGAAA